ACAAGCAAAGCCCAAGCUAUAUAUACACGUUGUUUGAUGCUUACUCUGAUAUGGUUCUUUUGCUUGAAUAUGAGUAUUAAAAAUUUGAUAUUUUUUAGUGAUUUUCCCUUUGAGAUUUGCAGAUUUCUCAAGCUGUUGAGAAACAGCAUGGAGAAAGGUUUUUGGAAUGUAUUCUGUAAUGGUUCUGAAUGUUCUACUGAUGGAAAAUGUGCUUCAGGAUUUUACGAAUUAAUAAACCCAUAUUCGUGUAUCAACCACACUGUCAUUAUUUCUGUUGAUAUUCUAAUUCUGUUGAUCUCCAUAUAUAAAUUAAUGUCAAGGAAGACUGUUGAAGCUCCAUCUCAGUCUCUACGUUUCUCUCCAUUGCUAUGUGUUUCAGCCAUCUUCAAUGGAUUUCUGGGUUUGGUUUACUUGGGUUUGGGAAUAUGGAUUAUUGUUGAGAAACUAGUUAAAGAUCAUAGCGUUGUGUUGAUGCAUGGAUGGCCAGUAAUGUUAUUCCAGGGAUUCACAUGGUUGCUGCUGAAUCUAAUAGUAAGCCAACAGAAACUGUUUCUUCCACAUGCUGGAGCUGUGAAGUUUUGUUCGAUUAUCGCCUUCUUGUUGUCUGGAUUUAUCGGCAUUUUAUCUCUUUGGGAAGCUAUUAUGGAUAAAGCUCUGUGGGUUCAGCUGAUUUUGGAAUUUCUUUCCUUUACUGGAGCUAUGCUGUUUAUCUUUUGUUGUUUCAAAGGACACACUUAUUCAAGCACCGAUUCAGGCAACGACAACGACGCUUCCUACAAACCAUUGCCAAGUAAGGAAGCAAAUGCUACUGAUGAAAUGAGUUCAAAUGAGAAUGUUACUCCUUUUGCCAAAUCUGGACUUUUUAGUCAAUUGUCAUUUUGGUGGUUAAAUCCAUUGAUGAAGAAGGGCAAGGAGAAAAUACUUGAUGAUGCAGAUAUUCCAGUACUAAGGCAGGCAGAUCAAGCAAAGACUUGCUACUUGGCGUAUUUGAAGCAAAUGAGAAGGCAGAAAAACAAAGGGUCAUCGGAGUCCCCUUCAGUUCUGUCAGUGAUAAUUUCUUUGCACCGGAGAGAAAUUUUAAUCUCAGGAUUAUUCGCAUUAAUCAGGGUGCUCAUCAGGUCUUCUAGCCCUCUAUUUUUAAAAGCCUUCAUCGAGGUUUUUCAAGGCAAUAAAGCUCUUAGCUAUGAAAGUUAUGCACUAACGGUUGGACUAUUUCUGGCAAAAUGCUUAGAGUCUCUAUCAGAAAGACAGUGGCACUUCCGAACUAGGCUUAUUGGGAUCCAAGUGAGAUCCAUGUUAUCUGCAGCUAUCUAUCAAAAGCAACUACGACUCUCCAAUGCUGCAAAGGUAACUUAUUCUUCUGGUGAAGUUGUGCACUAUGUUACUGCUGAUGCUUAUAGAAUUGGAGAGUUCCCUUAUUGGUUUCAUCAGAUAUGGACAACAAGUGUUCAGUUGUGUCUCACCUUAGCUAUCGUCUACUAUACUGUAGGGUUGGCAACUGUUGCAUUUGUUAUUGCCAUGAUAGUUGUUGUGCUUGCAGGCUAUCCAUUCAUUAAGUUUCAGGUUAAGUAUCACAGAAAGCUCAUGGCAGCUCAAGAUAAGAUGUUGAUGGCCAUCACAGAGGCACUUGCAAAUAUGAAGAUCUUGAAGUUAUAUGCUUGGGAGACGCAUUUCAAGAAUCAUAUAGAUGGUGUAAGAAAAGAAGAAACGCAGUGGAUAUCAGGCGUCCUGAUGCAGAAAGCUUAUCAUCUGAUUUUAUUUUGGUCAUAUCCUGUUCAUGUUCCAGCUAUAACUUUCUGGAUAUGCUACUUCCUUGGAAUACCACUCUCUGCUAGUAGCGUAUUCACAUUUAUGUCAAGUUUGCAAAAUGUACAGGAACCAAUUAGGGUUAUCCCUGAUGUUGUGGGAAUUUUCAUUGAAGCAAAGGUGUCAUUAGAUCGGAUUGUCAAGUUUCUUGAAGCACCAGAAUUGAACAAAAAUGCAAGAAAGAAGUUCAGCAGCAAAGAGCUCAAUCAGUCCAUUUUUAUCAGGGCUACUGAAAUCUCAUGGGAAACUGAUUUGUCCACAAAGGCUACGUUAAGGAACAUAAAUUUGGUGGUUAAAGCGGGAGAAAAGGUGGCUAUCUGCGGGGAGGUUGGCUCUGGAAAAUCAACCCUUUUAGCUGCAGUGCUUGGUGAAGUUUCAAAAGUUGAUGGAACAGUUCAAGUUUAUGGAAAGAUAGCAUAUGUUUCUCAGACUGCAUGGAUCCAAAGUGGAACUAUACAAGAAAAUAUUCUGUUUGGCUCUGAAAUGGAUCCAAUUAGAUACCAUGAUGUGCUAAAGAGGUGUUCUCUGGUGAAGGACCUUGAGAUGCUUCCUUAUGGGGAUCUCACUCAGAUUGGAGAAAGAGGUGUCAAUCUGAGCGGUGGACAGAAACAGCGGAUUCAACUUGCACGUUCGCUGUAUCAAGAUGCAGACAUCUAUCUCUUGGAUGAUCCGUUUAGUGCUGUUGAUGCACACACAGCAACCAGCCUAUUUAAUGAAUAUGUGUUAAGUGCUUUGUCUCAAAAGACAGUUUUACUUGUGACCCACCAAGUGGACUUCCUUCCAGCUUUUAACUAUAUUUUGUUAAUGUCUGCAGGAAAAAUCAAAAGAGAAGCUAAUUAUGAUCAGCUUUUUGCUUCCAGUAAAGAAUUCCAAGACCUCGUCAAGGCACACAAGAACAUAGUUGGUUAUGAAAGCCAGGUUGAUCAUCCUUCUCAAAGAAGUGCUACUACUGCCAAAGGUGAAAUCCAAGAGAUUCAUGUUAAAGAACAGUUAAUAGAAUCUUUAGGUGAUCAAUUGAUUAAGCAAGAAGAAAAAGAGACAGGAGACGCUGGUUUCAAGCCCUACUUACAAUACUUGAGUCAUGGCAAGGGCUUUCUGUACUUCUGUUUGUCAAACAUAUCCCACAUAAUGUUUGUGCUUGGGCAAAUGGCACAAAACUAUUGGUUCGCUGCCAAUAUCCAGAAUACUCGUGUUAGCAGAAUUCUCUUGCUUGGAGUUUAUACAAUAAUCGGUUGUGUUGUCGAAAUCUUCUUGCUCUUCAGAUUCUUCCCCAUAGUUCUAUUAGGUUGUGGAGCAUCAAAAUCUAUUUUUUCUACACUGCUAUCCUCUAUUUUCCGAGCACCAAUUUCCUUUUAUGACUCAACGCCUUUAGGAAGGAUCCUCAGUCGAGUAUCAUCAGAUUUGAGCAUUAUUGACCUUGACGUGGCUUUCAAAAUAUCCUUCACUUUAGGCACAACCAUCAUUGCAUGCUCCAACUUUGCAGUAUUGAUUCUUCUUACGUGGCCAGUCGUAUUUGUCAUCAUUCCCAUAAUUUAUUUAAGUAUCCGCUUGCAGGGAUGCUAUUUCGCUUCUACAAAAGAGUUGAUGAGAAUCAAUGGCACAACUAAGUCCUCAGUUGCAAGCCACCUUGCUGAAUCAAUUGCAGGAGCCAUGACAAUCAGAGCUUUUGGGCAGGAAGAAAGAUUCUUCUCAAAAAAUCUGGACCUUAUUGACAGAAAUGCAAGCCCGUAUUUCCAUAACUUUUCUGCAAGUGAGUGGUUGAUCCUACGUCUGGAGUUGCUAAGUGCAAUUGUUCUCUCAUGUAGUACAUUUGCCAUGGCUUUGCUCCAUCUUGGAGCUUCUGACUCAGGGUUUAUUGGAAUGAACCUGUCAUAUGGCCUUUCAUUGAAUAUACUCCUCGUCAUGUCCAUACAGUCCCAAUGCAUGCUUUCAAAUUUAAUUAUUUCUGUAGAAAGGCUGGAACAAUAUAUGCAUAUUCCCAGUGAAGCUCCAGAAGUAAUAGAGAGUAAUCGACCUGAGCCUAAUUGGCCUGCCUUUGGUAAAGUGGAAAUAUGCAAUCUGAAGGUUAGAUAUCGACCAAAUGCACCACAAGUCCUUCAGGGGAUAAACUGCACAAUUGAAGGAGGUCAGAAAAUUGGGAUAGUUGGCAGAACUGGAAGUGGGAAGACAACUCUCAUCAGUGCAUUGUUUCGUCUGGUUGAGCCUACAGAGGGAAAAAUAAUGAUAGAUGACCUUAACAUUUCGACAAUUGGACUUCAUGACCUGAGAUCUCAUGUUGCAAUUAUCCCACAAGAUCCAACACUCUUUGUUGGUUCUGUGAGAUACAAUCUAGACCCCUUAUCAAAGCAUACGGAUCAAGAAAUAUGGGAGGUUCUUGAAAAAUGUCAUCUACGAGCAACCAUUCAAGAAAAAGGAGAGGGGCUGAACUCCCUAGUUGCACAAGAUGGAUCCAACUGGAGUUUGGGACAGCGGCAAUUGUUUUGUCUGGGACGUGCAUUGGUAAAAAGAAGCAGGAUACUAGUGCUUGAUGAAGCAACUGCAUCCCUCGACAACGCAACAGAUUCCAUCAUUCAGAAAACCAUAAGAACAGAGUUCGCAGACUGCACUGUAUUAACUGUGGCUCACAGAAUACCAACAGUGAUGGACUGCGACAUGGUGCUUGCCAUUAGUGAUGGGAAAUUGGCGGAGUAUGAUGAGCCAUUGAAGCUGAUGAAUAAGGAGGGGUCGCUCUUUGGGCAGCUUGUGAAGGAAUAUUGGUCUCGAACUACAAACAGCAGCAGCCGCUCACAAGAUUGAUAACUACGCUUGGUAGCUGUAGAAAACGAUAUUGCACCUUAUUUUAUGAUAUGACGCUUUCCCCUGAGAUUAAAAUAUUAUGUCAUCUUUCUAAUAAUAAAAUUACUUAUUCAAAGCA